AUGGUUAGAAAUUUCCUUUGCUGCUUUAGGAAAAUUGUGAGUCCAACCGAGAAUUUUGAUGCCAAGUAUUGCAUCGGGAGUGGUGGAUUUGGAAGUGUUUACAAAGCACAACUUCUACCAAAGGUUAUUUUGGCAAUAAAGAAAUCUCACUCAUUUCAUUCUAAUGAGAUAAAUGACCAAAAAGAGUUUUUGAAUGAAAUAAGAACAUUAACAGAGAUACGACAUCGAAAUAUUGUGAAAUUUUUCGGUUUUUGUAUAUAUUCUCAACACUCUUUUUUGGUGUACGAGCAUCUUGAAAGAGGUAGUUUGGCCACAUUCUUGGGUAAUGAAGCUCCAGCAAGAGAAUUGGAUUGGGGUAAAAGACUAAAUAUUUUAAAAGAUGUGGUUGAAGCCUUGUCCUACCUACACCAUGGUUGCUCCCCACCAAUAGUCCAUCGAGACAUAUCAAGCAAAAAUGUGUUGUUGGAUUCAGAUUAUGAAGCUCAUGUUUCAGACUUUGGAAUUGCCAAAUUUCUCGAGCCAGACUCAUCGAAUUGGACACAAGUUGCAAGCACAUAUGGAUAUAUUGCACCAGAAUUGGCUUACACGAUGAAGGUAACUGAGAAAUGUGAUGUAUAUAGCUUUGGAGUGCUAGCAUUAGAAGUGAUCAAGGGAAAACAUCCAGGUGAUGUCAUUCCUUCUCUAUCAUCUCCUUUCACUUGGGAGAACAUUUUGUUGAACAAUGUUUUGUACCAACGCCUUCCACCUCCUCCGCCUACCAGUCAAGAUCAACUGAUGGUUGUCAUAAAGCUAGCAAUUGAUUGUUUGGAUUCCAAUCCAAAUUGUAGGCCGACCAUGAACACGGUUUCUCAUUUGUUUAUGCAAAUGUAUUUGACAAAUUAUGAAUAUUUGUGA